CUCCUAGGCUGAGGCUCGCCCGGCCUCCGGGCUCACUGUGCCCAGAGGCUGUCUCGGGGGCUGGAUGCGGGCAGUCCCUAAACUAGCGGCCAGCCGCCUAAGUGCCACCCGAGGCGGAGGAGGAGGCGGAGCCCGGGCAGCUGAACAGAGGCAGCCGGAGAGAGACGGACGCAGAGCGGCGCGGGCCGGGCCGCCGCCGGCCGCCCUGGCUCUCACUCCUUCCCACCCCAGGAGGCGCAUCCCGAACAGGGGCCCCGGCCUCUGACGCUACCCGUGCUCGUGGCAAAGGAGGUAGCUAGCUCGUCUCUGCCCAGCCCCGAAGGGACCCGGAAGCAGAAGCGGGGCCAGAGCAACCAGAGCUGAGCCGUGGCCCCCAGCUGCCCGCCGGGGCUGGGUGCGGGGUUGGACGGCUGGAUGGGCUGCGGCGGCGUCCGCAGCCGGCGGCUAUGGGCGAGGAGCAGAGCACGGUGAAUGCAGAGGGUCCCGCGGAGAGGCGGCCCCCUGGAGGCGGUGAAGAUGCAGGCGAUGAACAGACAGAGCCGCGGCCGCCGCGGGGGGAGGGCAACGGGGCAGCGGGGCCCCGAACCCCCUCCCCGGACCCGGGCGGCGGCUGCGGCGGAGACGGGUCUUCUCCGGAGCACGGAAGGAGUAGGAAAGCGCGCGGGCAACCCGCAGCAGCUAGAUCUACGGAGCCACUAGAUCCCCGAACUUUGCAACAGCCGGAUGAAAGGCAGGCGAGGGGAGAAUGGGACGGGUCUUCAGACCCCGAGCUAGGAGAGAGAGUCAGCCCCCACGACGGAUUGGUCUUGGAAGUGCUUGGCCGGCGCCGCCACCCUCCAGCCAAGAGACACAUCUACUGCACAGUGUACUGCGUGGAAAACGACCUGCCAGAGGCCCCGACCCGGGAGCAGCCUUCAUCCCCAAACCCUCUGGCCUCCCCGGUGCCUCUCGCAGUCCCUUCCUCCACCACCUCCUCUAUUAGCUCUACUAUGUCCUCCUCUAGUCCCGACUUGCCGUCCCUAUCAGACCCUCCGGCCUUCGACGGCGGCGGGGGCGGCAGCAGUGUAGAGCUCGACCUAUACCUAGCUCCUGAGCCUUUUUCCGUGUCCAGUCUGAUCGAAGCGCCGCCCUACUCGGGCCUGGGAGGGUUGGGGGACUCCUAUAGUCCCCUGCUUAUGUUGAGCUGUCGGGUGUGUCUGGAGGAUAAAGCUAUCAAGCCCCUGACGUGCUGUAAGAAAGCUGUGUGUGAGGAAUGUCUGAAGCGCUACCUAAGCUCCCAGGUUCAACUUGGCCAAGCAGAAAUCAAAUGCCCUAUAACAGAAUGCAAUGAAUACCUAGAGGAAACAACUGUUCUCUAUAACCUGCCACAUGAUGAUGUCAUCAAAUACAAGUACUUCUUGGAACUCAGCCGUAUUGACUCCAGUACCAAGCCAUGCCCUCAAUGCAAGCACUUUACAACCUACAAGAAGAGAGGACAUGGUCCAACCCCUACCAAAUUGGAAAACAAAUACAAAAUCCAAUGCCCCAUUUGCCAAUUUGUCUGGUGUUUUAAGUGCCACUCACCCUGGCAUGAAGGUGUUAACUGCAAGGAAUACAAAAAAGGAGACAAGCUAUUGCGUCACUGGGCCAGUGAAAUUGAGCAUGGUCAGAGGAAUGCCCAAAAAUGUCCAAAGUGCAAGAUCCACAUCCAGAGAACAGAAGGAUGUGACCACAUGACCUGUUCACAAUGUAACACUAAUUUUUGUUACCGCUGUGGGGAGAGAUAUCGCCAGCUCCGCUUCUUUGGAGAUCACACAUCAAACCUCAGUAUAUUUGGAUGCAAAUAUCGCUACCUCCCUGAGAGACCGCAUUUAAGGAGAUUAGUGCGAGGCUCAGUAUGUGCUGGAAAAUUAAUCAUUGCACCUCUGAUAUUGGUUUUGGGACUGGCACUUGGGGCCAUAGCCGUUGUAAUAGGUUUAUUUGUAUUUCCCAUCUAUUGCCUUUGUAAAAAGCAAAGAAAAAGAUCACGGACAGGUAUGCCCUGGUGAAAAGCAAACUUUUUUCAUCCGCACUGAUCUGAGCCCUGCCAAGGGUUAUACAAAAUGGUGCAAUGAAGAACAUGGGCAUCCAUAUACAAGUCACCAUCCUGAAAACUAAGAGGGACUUUUUGCCAUCUCCUCUUCUCUUGGUUCACUGCUGCAGGCCCAAAUGCCUCCUUGCUAUGGUGCACUCCAAAAAUGGUAGCCUCCUCCUUUACCCCUUUCUGAUUGCUGCUUUUAAAAAAAAUCAAGGAGCUGCUCUCCAGAUUACUUUCAUAGACUUCUAUAUUUAAACUAUAACCCUUCCUAUUGUCCUAUUAAGAAAGCAUUUUUGUUAACAAUAUGCAGCUUAUCUGUUUAGAAUUUCUAUGAAAAAUAGAUGAAAAUAAUUUAAAUUGUCUUUAUGUCCUGAACACUGAAUCUUCUGCUCAUCUUUUGGGACUUGCUCUGAAUAGCUCGUGUCCAUGUCUACCAUUAAGCAAAGUCAAAUUUCAGAAGACAGAGGCUCAUCAUAUUAUCCAUUUAUUUCUACCUAUGGACCAAGCAGUGUGAUUCAGCCAUUUGGCAGGAGUUGCAGUUGCCAAAAAUCUCAGUGCCUAAGAGGGAACUAAUGAAAACAAAUUAAUAAGAAGAAGCAUGUGGCUUAGUGAAACUCUUAUGUAGAUAUGUAAGGAAAUAUGUAUUAGAGUUGGUCCCAAUAACACAAUAGUUAUUGAGUCACAUGGUACUACAAUAUUCUUCCAUAUUGUCAUAGGGCUGUUUGAGAUUGGACUUAAAUUUUCUGUUAUCUCAGAAUAUACAAGAUCAAUAUGGAAGAUAUCCAAGAAAUCUCCUCUUACUAUUUAAAAAAUAUAGAUAAUGUAAUUUAGUAAAAUACCAAAUUUUGUGGACCAAUAGAAUUGAUAUAAUGGUCUAAGAAGCUUAGUCUUGGAAAAAUGCUCCUUAUUUUCCUUUUGGUGCAUACUUUACUGUGCAUAGAACAACAUGAAUUUCCAUGAAAAUACAUGAGAAUUUCAUUAGUCGAUCCAAAGAAUAGGUUUUAUUUAAAAUGAAAACUUCUUUAAAUCUAAAAAUCCUUUAUAGAAUCAGAAAAUUUUAAAAUUGUGGUCCUAAAGAAUUGUACUUAAGAUUAAAAUUCUGUAUUCUUUCCUCUCCCUUCUUUAUUUGAUCUUGGACUUUUCACAGAAACAAGAUUUGUUUUCAGAUGUAAGUCUCAUGCCUGCUGUUCAAACUUUUGUUAGUAUGUUAGUGAUAUUUUUGUGGAAGGGGUUCACUAAAAACAAGGUUCCUGUGAUCAUGAUUAUAUACUUUUAAAAUGCAAACAAACAAAACCCCAAAUCUGCUGCUAGAGAAGAAAAUGGAGAAAAUAAAUGAAGGAAAAUGUUUCUGGAAGUGUUUCAGAUCCCCAGUUUCUUCGAGAACAAGGAGACAUAGAUUAAUAUUUGCCAACCCUUGUUUUAAUCAUGAAAGUUCACUGGCAAUGUGUACAAAAUGGAGCCCAAGAAGCUCAAGUUCUUUAUAACUGCCUCCACAACUUUAAAACCUAGCUAUGUACCAUGGAUAUAACAUUGAUCAGCGUCAAUUCCUUUUUUGAAACACUUGAUAUCCAUACACAUAGUUGCUCUUUAUUGGACUCCAAAUGAUGAGACAAAGUGUCAUUUUGGGCUGAACUGAUGAUAGGGUACUUUACUUGUAUCAGUCUUGAGACAGUUUGCUUUCUUUUCUCAUUUAAUGCAUUGUAUGGGCAUAAUAGACCUCCUGGAGUAAUCAUCCAUUUCAUCAUGAAGAUGUACUAUCCCUUAAUGAUUCUGGAAAAACAUCUUUUGAAAGAGUAAACUUCAUAUAAGAAAAGUAGUACUAUUGUUUCAAAUAGUACCAAGUUUGAAAGGGUUUCCAGAUAAAACCCCUAUAUUUAUAUGUCUUAAACGUAUUGUAUCUUUGCAAGGCAUAUUUUCCUGACGUGGGCCUUUGUUUUUAUAAUUUAUGUAUAUAAGCAUUUGCCCUCAAUCUUGUAUGUGUGCAUAUAUGAAUGUACAUAUGUAUGUUAUACAUAUAUAUGUUUAUAUAAAAUCUUUUUAUGGUUGCAUAUAAUUGUAUGCACACAUAUGGGCUAGUUGAAUAGUAUAUGUCUGGUCCUAGAUAAUCUAUUUUCUUAGGUCCAUUAUAUCUGUUGUCUAUGGCUUACUCAGGGAUUUGUAUUCCUUCCUUUAAAUAACUUAUCUUUAGGGGGGUAUUUUUAUAUUAUUUAGAAAAUUUUCCAACUUCUGGAUGGUAGAGUUGGUGUCUGAUAUGAAGUCAGUAAAAACUUUUAGUACUUUGAAUUAUUUCUGCAUUUGGUUGCACAGGAUUUCCAUUAUUCUGUUUUAUUGAUUUUUUAAAAAUUAAUUUAUACAUUUGUCACAGCAGAAAGUUGAUAUACCUACCCUUUUCUUUCAAGUAGCUUGAAGUAAUAAUUUCUGAAGUUUUGGUAGUAGUAUAAUGAAGAACUUUAAAAAAGAAAAUAGAAUGAAAGUAAUUUUUUAUUUUUACUUUAGUGCCAUCAUUGAGGGUAAAACCCUAUCUAUAACUUGUGUGUGAAUUAUAAUUUUUCAAAAAAUCCACUGUUAGAAAAAUUUUAGUAGCAUGUUUACAGAAAUAUCUUUUGUAGUGUUUUAAUGUAAUCAAGUAGAGGAAAAAAAUUUGUUUUCUGCCUUGUAUUUAGUCGUGGCAUUUUAUUUCAUAUCUAAAGGCAUUUGCCAAAAAAAAAAAAAAUUAAAUGACCAUUGUAAAUUAUGCAUAGCAUGUGCUUUUCUAUCAUUCUUCUGGUCUAAAGAAACUGAAAAGACUUAAUCUAGAAGAAAGUUAUAGUUGCAUUUUUGUUUUAAGGACAGGGUGCUUAUUUUCCAUAUACAUUUCAUCUACUCAGUUAUUCAGAUUGGAUACCUUGCCAAAAGAAGGAGCUAAAAGAAAAUUUUCAUCUUUUCCGUUUUAAAAAAAAUAUGAGUGAAUGCCAAUAGUUUGACAAAGCAAGGGUAUAUUUGUCAGGUUGCCUCAUUGUUUGAAAGUAAUCUAUUGAAAUGAUGAAAUUUUAGAAAUAAAAAUUACUCUAUAAAGCUGGAAUACUUUUCCCAACAUAUUACCAUUUCCCUAACAUACUACCAUUUUCACAUUUACUGUCUCACUGUGUCAUUCAUUCUUACCAUUAUUAAAAGUCUAUUAAAAUGUUAGAUGAUUAAUGAUACUUGAUUUUGUUAUUGCCAUGAAAAGCCAGACUAAUUCAAGAAGUAUCAAGAUGGAGUAUGGAAUACUUCAUACUUGCAAGGUCUCAGGAUAUAUUGAUUUUCUUCACAAUAUAUCAAGUGAUAAUGUAACAUUUAUUUUAGCCCAUUAAGAUUCUUUGUGACUGAGGUUAAGAGAAAAAUCUGUAUAUUUUGAUGUUCUGGCACAGAUAUCAUUUAUUUCCUGUGGCUUAGAUUUCCUGAUAGAAGGUAUUGUAUCCUGACACCUGGACAGACAGGAUACAAUCCAAGAUACCAAGGAUUACAACCUUCUAUCUGAUUGUAUUCUUGUUGCUGAGGUAUCAAGAUUCAGUGGUGCCCAUAAAACUAUAGCUACCUGCAUCUCCCAGCCCUUUCUUUUUGAAUGGGUGGCCUUACUGCUCCCCUAAAUCCCUCACUUUGUAAUAUCCUUUAUUUUCUUCACUUUUGCUCUUCUAUCUCUCUAUUCCUUUUUGUUACUCCCUGCUUUCCUUACCUUUUGACUUCCACCCCAUAGAAACACACUUCUUACUAAAGAAAUAAAGAAAAAAAAUAGAUUUCUGACAUAGUAUACAAAGGAAAACUGUAUUCUUUUCUUACUUUCUCUGCAUGUGUUGAAAGCUAGAGUAUUCCUACCAAACUGAUAAAACUACUUGUAUAUUACAGAGAAUGUUUUUAAUUCUUGAUUUUAUUGCUGCUUGUUAUAUUUGUAUUUAUAUUUUUUAAAAGGUUAAAAAAUGGAUAACACUGUAUUUAAAAUAAGUUUUCUUUCUUACUGAAUCCCAUAAGAACUUUCAUACUAAAAGCCAUAGUAAUAUUUUAAACUCUUAAACAAAAUGAAUUAUAUGCCUUAAAAAUCAAGUUGUCAUAUCAAAACCUGUGUUUAGCCCUAUUUUGUUUCAGAGAACGAAGGGUGAUUGAUUCAUUUUUGUCACUGAAUUCUUUACCAUUUGUAGUGAAUUUGUUUUAUUUUUCUUAAGAACACAAUAUAAAUAUAGCCUUAAAGUUAGCAAAUGCACUUUAAAGUCCUCUAAAGUCCUCUGUGCCACUUGAAUAAUUAGAUUAUUAUGAAGUUGGGGUUUAUAAAGCUAUGCAAAAUUGGUUUAAAAAUAUUUUUCCAUAGCUAUUCAAGAUACAUAUUUUGUUUCCUUAAGAGAAUGUAGAAGAGUUUACAAAUGUUUUACACUUUAUUUUUACUUCUAAACAAAAAAUAAAGCUGUAAAACAGAUGAAAUGGACACACCAUUGAAGGUCUAUGUCACCCGAACUAAGAAAACUUUUAGGGUAAAAAUGGUUGAAAUAUUAGGCAUAUAGAAAACUUAAUCCUAGCAAUUUGUAUCAGAAGUUCCAUGAUAGAUACAAUGUUUAUUAAUAACCUAGUUGGAGUAUUUAUUUGAAAACAUUUGAUGUCCUUUAUAAUCUCAUUGUAAGAAAAUGGUGCAACAAGGCUAAAGAAUACAGUAACUAGACUUCCUCUAACUAAUAAAAAAAAGUUAUAACUACCAACAGCCAAUUCAAACAUGUUGAAUUUUCAAUUAUGUUUAUUCCUUGCUGUUUCUUAUUAUUACUUAAAAUAAGUUCAUGGUCCUUUCUGAGUACACAAACCUAUAGUCUCUAUUAUGUGUCAAAAUAGCAGGAAUCAAAGGAAGGAGGCCUCAGGGAAGCAAAGAAAUUGGGAGACCAUGUCUUUCCCCAAGUUAAAUUUUUAAUGGAAAUAGGAUAAGGAAAACAUUGAUGCAUACAAUUAAUUUAAAGCAAGCAAGUCUGACAUUUUUGGCUAUUUCAUGAUCUGAGAUAAUACUUUUUUAGGCAAACUAUGAAUUUAAAAUUUGACUUUUUUUAAAAAUUAGAAAACAAAAGACAAUUCCUUCAUUCCCUUAAGACUAGCUUUAGAAGCUAAGACUAACAUACAUAUUACACUCUAAUUGUCCUAGAAGGCAUUUCUUUAUGUGGUUAUCAUGAUUCUGUAUAUAUAAUUAAACUUCUUGUCUAUCCAAGUCAACAUCAUUGUGUCAUAGCCAUGUUACAAUGGAGUUUUGAGAAGAAGUACACAAUGGAUAGUUUCAGGAUCUGCCUCUGACACAUUUGUGACCCUACACAAGUCAUAAGUCUCUUAAUGCCCCAAGGAACUCUCAAGACUUUUAACAUUCAGUACAGUUGCUAGUCUACUUCAGUAGUAGAAGUUUCUCAACUCCACAGGUCCCCCAUACCAAUAAAAUUACAGGCCCUAACAAAUAUAACUGGGUUUUAAUAUAGUUCUAAUAUUUUCAGCAGGGCAAAUAUUAAUUGCAUGUGCUUUUAUUGAAGUAAAGUUCAAAUAAGAAAGCCAUUUGCCUUAGCAAUCACUGAAAAAAAAAAUGUAACCAAUUAUAAACAGCAAGGUAUUUGUAAAACCACUGGGUUUCCUUUUGAACUGAUGGUAACCAUCUUCUGAAAACCAUGCCCUUUACCUAAAAUGCAACAAACAGUAGAAAGUACAAUGUAAUAUUAUUACAUGUGGUCUUUCAAGGAGCAUUCUCAUGUAAGUUGAUUACUAUGUAUAAGUUUAAAAGAAAACUUAGGCACAUAAGGCAAAUAUAAAUGACAAAGAAAAAGAUGUCUUUUUUCCUUUGUAUCACUUAUUCCAUCCCAUUAAUUUUUGAUCAUGGGCUACUUUUUUCUUUAACAUUAAGUAACUUUCCUUCCCCAAUUGAGUGGGGCAAUAAAUAGUACAUUGCAAUUUUUCCUCAUAAAAAUCCUUACUUAUUUUAGUCUUUAGUAAUUGCUACCUGUUUCUAUCCUAUUAAAUGUAGGGCAAAUUCUUUCUUAUCUUUGUAAUUGCUGCUAAAUGUAGAAAAAUUAAAUUCAGAUAAAAAUUGCUUUGUGGUUGAAUCGUAACUGCACUGGAAAUUAGAAUAAUUUAUAACUAAGACUUAUUUAACUUGGAAAGAAAAAAAACAGUAUUAAAAAUGAAUGGAAAUAUUUUCCUUCUUAUUGGUGCAAAUGUCAGCAUUGAGAAAUGUCCACCAUUUCCUAGGAAGAAAUGAACGAAUUGAUUUUAAAGCAGUAAUCUGAACAAAGGACAUCAGAGUAUAGACAGUCUCUGACCUAUCUAUAUCCUUCUAUACAAUGAAAAUAGUCAGUGCCACUUAAAAUCCUCUUCCUUCUCCUCUGCCUUUCCUUGGGAUCUUCCUUCCUAGAAGCAAAUAGGGAAGCUCUGAAAUUACAUUCUGUUCUGUAAUGAGCCAGGAGAAAAAGAAACCUUGGUCAAGAGCAAUAGAUAGUAUCAGUAGAGAGUAAAUCAGGUGGUUCAAUCUCCAAGGCAUGAAAAAGAAAAAGACUUUGUGGGUAGGGUACUAGCCAGUACUAAGAAGUGACUGAGGAUUGAACUAAAUAUUUCUUCAUACUUGUGGAAAAUCUAAGACCCUUACUCCACAACUAAUUAAAGGCUUUAUUCCUGUUACUAUGCUCCAGCUUGAUAGAAUUUCUGCUCUUAACUCAGUCACUAUUAGUGGCUUGUUCUGGUGUGGGAAUCCUGCAAAGAAAUGUUCUUUUAUCCCAGAUUCUAAGGGCAUUUCCCUAUAGAAAUGUUAUUUGCAUAUGGUCAAACUUUUUAUUACUAUACUAACAUUAUAUAUAUCAGGCACUGACCAAGGAACCUAAUUAUUAUAUUUUAAGUUUCUAUGGAAAAAUGAAUUCUGAUUUCCAAAUGACUUACAAAUGAAUUUUUAGAAAACAAGCUAUAUUAUAAGAUUAAUGUUACUCUAACUUUUCUAAAAGUCAAUGUAUUUUCAUUAAUUUGAUGGUGUUUUUUAAAACCAGCAUAAUAAUUAUAAAUUUUUGGUUAUUUUUUUGACAUUAGGGCAGAGAAUGACCUCGACCAUCUUCCACCUACAAACUAAGAAAGAGAAUGAUGUAAUGGGGCUCUAAAUAAGAUAUCAGAAAUCCUGCUCUAGCCCCAACCUGUUUGUCAUUAGGAAUCUCUUUUCCUCUCUGAGCCUCUAUUUGCUCCUCUGCAAAAUGAGGGUAAUAAUAUUUGUCCUGCUCAUUGCCCCAGAAUUAUUAUAAUGAUCCAUUAUCUCAUUAGAUGUGAAAACAUUCCAAAAAAUAUAAAAUGCUACUUAAUUGUAAAUUGAUAUUUAAUAGAAAAAUUGAUAAAUAUGCAGUAGCCAAAUGGAAUUAGAUUACAGAGAAAUUUUUCUUCCAGAGGAUUUUACAGAAUUUGGGGGGACUACAAUAAAAUAGAUAGUAUGGCAUCAUGAUAUACGAGAUGCUGGAUCCAACUGUGUGCAACAUUAAAUUAAGGGUUCCAUGCCAUUAAAUAAUCUCUGUUAGAUCAUGUAAAGUAUAGCUAAUAUCAUCCCUUUUUCUCAGUAGUAAUUGUAUUGUAUCAGUUGCAAAUGCCCUAAUUUCCUCUUUUAUAUAAAUAUAUAGAUAGAUGUUAUCCUUAGACAAAUGAAGAGAAAGGAUUUUUUAUCAUGUACCUAGCUCCUAAACAAUGGCGCCAGUUAAGCAGCAAAUUUGAAGAUAAGUUGAGAUUUGGAAGGGAAAAGGAGUACUUAACUUGGAGGAGAGUUUAAAUCAUAUGCUUAUCAGAUACAUAGUGUCCUCAUUUACCUGAAUUUAGAAUCAGGAAGUGCUAAAACAGUAACAUGAAAGCUGACCUGGGUUUCCUUUUCACAACUGAUAAGUUAGGGAGGGGAAAGCAUACCAAUUUACUGAAUGUCUUUCUACUGCAUUAACCUCAUGGGCUAACUAGCAUAUUGGUGCUAAGAGCCUUCUAACAUCUUCCCUUUUUCCCCCCAUUGGGAUGUGAGGAAGGAGAGUAGAGAAGAGUCUAAACUUGGUAUAAUCUCUUUAGAAGUUUAAAAAUAAUUACACUGUAGUCACUCAGGAAUCUUAGUACUUUUCCUAUCACUUCUUUUUAGUUAGCUUCUAUUUGAAUUCCAAGAUUUCACUGGCUGUCAUUUCUAAGAGAUACUCUUGUCCUGAAACAAUUAUUAUAUCUUCAGUAAUAAUUUAUUUUCCAUAUACAGGGCAAGAAAUUGAGGAAUGAGAAUGAAGGAGAUAAAAGAGCUCCUUAAAUAUGUCUUCUUCCAUUCAGACAACAUAAGAGAAAAAACACCCUUUUUAUACACACAUAUUUCUAAUGCUUUAAAAAGAAAGUUACAUAUUGUCACUCCUCAGUACCUUAAUUUUGCUAUUUGACCAUCUUAGUCCUACAGUGUGGUAACUGAGAGUAUAAAAAUCCUUGAAAGACCUUAAUAGAUAUCACCUACAGCAUUGGAGCUAAUAUUUUUUUAAGCAACAUUUAUGUUCUCCCUUUCUUUUUCCAUAAGACUCAUCUUCAACAUUCUGCCACUAAGUUUUGAGAGCCCACAUUUAAAGAUGUGGGACACUCGAAAGAAAUCAAAUAAUAUACUUUUACAUCACAAAUACAAAGAACACUGGCAUAAUAAGAAUUGUUAGUAAGUUAUAAUACAUUAUAUAUUGGGAGGUUAUUGUUAAGUAACUGUUCUAAGAAACAAAAACAAUAAUAAAUCAUGAAAAAAUAAAUCCUACCAACCUAAUAAACCUAUCCUUCUUCCUACUCCACCCAUCCUGACCUUAGAAUUUCAGACUAUUUGUCCUAUGUUUAAAGUAGAUGAUUAAGAUAUGGUCAUAAAUUAGAAGCAUUGUGACAUAGUGGACAGAGUGCUAGACUUGAGCACCAGAUAAUGAAGAUUAAAAUCCUACCCCUGACACUUACUUUCUCAGUACUCCAUACUAAGCCACAGAGGAGUUACUUAUACCAAUGAAAUUAUAGGUCUAAAUCAGAAAAAAAAACAAACAAAAAAAGAUGGGGGGAGGGAGAAAGAGGAAUGGACCAUAAAAAUAUUCAAUUUCAUUGAAAACACAUGAAUUAAAUUAGUUUUAAUCUGUCCACAUCUUAACAUUUUUCACAUAAAGUAAAUAGAUAAAUGAAUUUUGGUAAUAUAAAUUACUUCUAGUUUAAAAUUGCCAAUUCUAAGAAAUAAUUAUUUCAUCUCUUGCAGAAUACUGAAUAUGACCAAUUUUGCAUCACUUACAGUCUAGUGAAAGUUCUAAAAGAAAAUUCUUAAAUCUAAAACAAUGCUUUAGCUAUUAGCUUUUGGCUAUCAGUCAGUAGUUCUAUAAAACGUUUCAUUAAGUUAAAUAGAAUUUAUUGCCUGAUAUCCAUAUCUGUUUUUCAAUCAGAAUAAUAUAACAAUUUGUGGUAUUUGGGGUUCAGUAUCAGAAUGUGCCUUGAGAAUGAUAUUCUUCUUUUCCUUGUUUCCUCAUACAAAAUAAAGUUUUGUAAUUUCUUUCUCAGUCUUUCAUAUAUUGUAUCAGAUGGCAUCAGAUUUUCAGUAAUUCACUAUCCUAGAUGAAAUCAUACCCCAGCUAUAAUUACAAUAAAAUACAAUCUAUGAACAUCACGAAAAUGUUCUCAAGAGAAUUGGAGAAAUAGAAGAAAAUUUUAGCUUUUGUUUUUAUGAAAAUGUUCAAAAAUAAGGAAUUUAAAUUGCUAUAGAGCUGGAUUUUGUCCAAAGCCACUUUUUAUUUCCACAUUAUAACAAUAUUUAAUUUUUUUAGGACUGCAUAUUGGUUUCAAUGAAUAAAAUUUUCAGGAUAUUAAGUAAGGUAUGUAUCAUUAUAGUGUUUGUGUAGUAUUUAACAAAAGGAAGAAAAAAUGAUAAUUAAAUGCUUAGAAAAUUGAUAUAAUGCUCAUUUUCCAUUAAUGUUAAAGUCUCUUCCCUACAACCUUUAACUUUCGGUGCUUUGUGUAAGUAGAAUUAACAUUUUAAAAUCCUUUAUUGGUGCCUUAUUAUUUCAUUACAUUAGAUUUAUUUCUACUCCGAAAAGACCCAUGGUAAUUCAGGAAUUUUGCCAGAGUUGUGUUUGCUUCCCUCUUAAAGACACAAAGGGAACUACAUAUUCUUUCAUGUGAUAAAGAUAUGCUUUUUCAGUGAAUAUAGGCAAUUUUAAUGUCAUAGAUAAAUUACUGGAUUUAAAAAAAAUUGGCACUCAUUUUUAAGCAGUUGGUUAUGUGAAGAAAAAAAAAAGGUAUGACAUCAAAUACCAAAGGUUUAAAUUGGUACAACUGCAAUUUCUCUUAAAUCUACUAAGUAGAGCUCAAAAUGCACUGGUUAUUUCAAGUAUAGCAAUUCCAAAGAACUCUGUCUUCCCAUUAUCACUUAAACAGUUAAAAUAGCUCUCAGUCUUUAUCCAUCAUGCUCUUUAUUUAUGAGUAGGACAAAAUUACUUUCUAAUAAGACAUUUAAAAAAUUGUAACCCAUAUAACAUUUCCAGAACAGAUUUUUCUCAAGCUCAUCUUUGGCAAUAUUUUACCUACAAUAUACCUUUCAAAUAAACGCUGUAGAAUGAUAGUGUGAGGUAUUCACUUGAAACUUUUGCUUAGCUUUCUGAUAUGUGUUUCACUGAUUUGUCCAUCUUGGGUAAUUUUGUCAAUAUUUUUUGUUUUAGGCAACCCACACAAACUGCCUCCUCUCUUGUCUUUUCUGUAAUCUGUACCAUAGUUGUGUGUCAUUUAGUUUGUCCUGAUAAAUGUAUCAUUAAAAGCUACACUAAAUCAUGUCCUCAAAAAAGAUAUAAACAGGUUGUAUAUGUACUUGUACAAAUAAUUGAAAAGAAAAAAAGUCCUCCUGCCAAAAAUCCUGCUGGCCAGGACCUUAAAAUUAAUAGAUUUUUUUAACACUAAAUUUUGAAAAAUCUUUUGCUUAUUAUUCAGUUAUACAUUUAUGUAUUGUGUUGUAUGAGAGAAUACUACUCCAUUUUAGUAAAUUUAACUUCAUUUACUGCUGGCAGUUAGAAUAAUAUAGGUGUCAAAUCACAGUGACAAAUUCCAAGUGAAAAGAGGAUUCUCAAGUCCAAAAUCUUGGGGAUAUUUUACAAAAUAACUUAUGGACUCACAACAUUAGUCACUGAGUCUUUGGUUAUUUUUUUUUUAAGAACUGGUAGUUUAUUUUAUCCAAGCCUAUGAAAGACUACAAAAACAUGAUACUCUUAUGAAAAUUAUUGUGGGAAAUAAAAUAUUUUGCUUGUUGUUAUCUGGAUUCUGCCAUCUGAAUUAUAGUGGAAGUACCUAUUGACAUGCACAAUCCAGUGCAGUUCAUCAUUCAGUGUCAUCUAGUAAAGUCUAAUAAAGUUUGAGAAAAAAAACAUAA